UUGAAGCAUGCAAUUACGAUGCCUAUCUCUUUAAAGCUGUACUUCUAACUGAUCAAAUUGAUGAAAGUAAUAGAGUUGUCAUUUGAGGCUCAGUUUAAGAAAUUUCCAGCUGUGAAGAAAUGCCAGGGAAAAAGUGGCCCAGAGCUCAUGAAAAUUGCAAGUGUUUAUUAAAAGUGAAAUACAUGUCAAGAAGUCAUAAAAUCUAGAUAUGUCUUGUCUCACCGACAAUAAUAUCCCAUGGAGUUGGUAUUAUUUGUAUUAUAAGGUGAGGAAAACGAAGUGCAGAGAAGUUAAAUAAUUUGUCUAAAAUUAUUGCAGAUGUGCAGUAGAAACUGAAAGGUCUAUUAUCCAGAUGUUUUAAGUGACAUUUUUAAGGGUGAAUCCUGAAGUCUUUUACCAAUAACAUUUUUAAUGAACCCUUAUUAGGAAAUAAAGACCUAUCGUUUCAAAAAUAUUCUCUAAAACAACUAAGAAAUGUUAUAAUAUGGCACACUAAUGAAAAAUAUUAGAUAAACAAAAGAAUGGGGUAUGUCAGGUAAGACAAAACAAUAAAAUAGAGUGUGAAAGAGGGAAAUUUGGAGACAUUAAUAUGAAAUUGACUGGUAAUCUUUGACCUACAGUUUUUUAAGUAUACGUGUAGGCCAGUGCAAUUUUUAAAUUGUAAAGCAGCCUGUUUUUAUGAGAUAUUUAAUCAUAAUUCUGCUCUGUUCUCUGCUCCAACAAAACCACCCUGUGCAUACUUCUUCACUGUACCUAAGGAUUCCUUCUGAAAUUAUAUGUUUUCUAUAUGCUCCUCUGAAUCUGCUAUUUCUAUGCUUCUAAAGAAAUUUCAGUUGCUAUUGAAGGCAGUUCUACUUUCAUUUAUGAUCUGUUCUAAUCUUAACUGGAUGUGAAAAUAGUCCUUAAAAGCAUCAAAAGAAGCAAGCAUUAGAAUUAGAAAUGAAACUAAAUGAAACACUGAUUGUUGGGCACAAGGCAACAAUAUACAAUUUCCUGUUUAAAUGAUACGGUAAUAAGACCUCAGGGAGUUUCCAAUUUAGCUAACAGCCAUAUGAUAUGGGUGGUCCAAGUCCAGUGGUUCUCAAACCUGAGCAGAUUUUCCAGAGAAGUGUGGUUUUAAAUUUUUUACUGUUCUCUUUUGGAGUCUUUAUUUAAGAUCAAAACAUGAGCCGGAGAGAUAGUACAGUGGGUAGGGCGCUUGCCUUGCCCUCAGCUGAUCAGGUUUUAUCCUCGGCACUACAUAUGGUCCCCUGAAGCUCUGCCAGGAGUCAUCUCCGAAUGCAAAGCCAGAAGUAAGACCUGAACACAGCUGGCCUGGCUCCAAAACAACAAUCACAACAAAAAGAUCAGAAGAUACUUCACUACCACUUUUCAGAUAUACACAGAUAAGAACAGCUGCUGUUCCAUGAACCAAGUUACCACCACGAACAGGACACUGAUUGCAUGGGGCAUGAUGUCUUGAUGGAGCCCUUCAGCAGCACAACUGGGGUCUGGCAAUGUAAAAUAUACCUUUUUCUCCUAGCAGGCUCUUGCUUGGGGCUUAAAGUGACAGUACCAUCACAAACCGUCCAUGGCAUCAGGGGUCAGGCACUCUACCUCCCUGUGCACUACGGAUUCCACACUCCAGCAUCAGACAUCCAGAUUAUAUGGCUGUUUGAGAGACCUCACACGAUGCCCAAAUAUUUACUGAGCUCCGUGAACAAAUCUGUGGUCCCCGACUUGGAAUAUCUUAACAAGUUUACUGUGAUGCCACCCAAUGCAUCUCUACUCAUCAAUGAACUGAAUUUCACCGAUGAAGGCAGUUACAUUGUGAAGGUGAACAUCCAGGGAAAUGGAACUCUUUCAGCUAGUCAGAAGAUACAGGUCACUGUUGAUGAUCCUGUCACAAAACCAGUGGUACAGUUUCAGCCCGCCUCUGGGGCUGUGGAGUACGUGGGAAACAUCAGCCUGACGUGUCAAGUGGAAAGGGGCACCCGACUGCUCUACCAGUGGCUAAAAAAUGGGAGGCCUCUCCACACCAGCACUACCAACUCCUUUUCUCCCCAGAACAAUACCCUUCAUAUUUCUCCAGUAACCAAAGAAGACAUUGGGAAUUACACUUGCCUGGUGAAGAAUCCUGUCAGUGAGGUAGAAAGUGACAUCAUUACGCCAACAAUAUACUAUGGACCUUAUGGACUUCGGGUUAAUUCUAAUAAAGGACUAAAAGUAGGGGAAGUUUUUACUAUUGACAGUGGAGAAGCCAUUUUGUUUGAUUGUUCUGCUGAUUCUUACCCUCCCAAUACCUACUCCUGGAUCCGAAGAACCGACAAUUCAACACUUAUCAUUAAGCACGGGCCUCAUUUGGAAGUUGCAUCUGAGAAAGUAGCCCAGAAGACAAUUGACUACGUGUGCUGUGCUUACAACAAUAUAACUAGAAGACAAGAUGAAACCCGUUUUACAGUCAUCAUCACUUCAUCUGGACUGGAGAAGCUUGCACAGAAAGGGAAAUCAUUGUCACCUUUAGCAAUUAUAACUGGAAUAUCUCUGUUUUUGAUUAUUUCUAUGUGUAUUCUCUUCUUAUGGAAAAAAUAUCAACCAUAUAAAGUUAUAAAGCAGAAGCUAACCAGCAGACCAGAAACAGAAUACAGGAAAGCACAAACAUUUUCAGGCCAUGAAGAUGCUCUGGAGGACUUCGGGAUAUAUGAAUUUGUUGCUUUUCCAGAUGCAUCUGGUGUUCCCAGGAUGUCAAGUAGGUCUUCUCCAGUCUCUGACGGUGUAUCGGGGCAAGACUUGCACGGCACAAUCUAUGAAGUUAUUCAGCACAUCCCUGCCCAAGGGCAGGACUAUCCAGAGUGACCAUUUGUGGGCAAGGCAGUGCAGUAGAGUAAAUAAUGAAGAAUACUCUGAGAAGAGAAAGGUGGAAAUGUGUAUUCAUCUGGAGUCAGUGAAGAAAUUCAGCCUCAUACCUCUUAUUGCUUCUUUAACGUGCAGAAUAGUGUGUCUUUUCAAAGAUCAGAGCUGAAGUUUUGCAACAUACACACAAUCUACCAUGCUACUGAGUUGUGUGGUGGAACAAUAUUCCAAAGUGGACAGUCUCAAUCACAGUGACUGGGAGAAAGAACACAGGACCUUCCAGUCACUCUUUUUGUAUCAAGUUUGUCUAAAAAGGGACAAUUUCUUUUAAUCUAUAUUUUCUAUUUCAUCAACAUUGAUCUGCUAUCUAAGCGGCAAAUGUGGAAACUUAAGGUUCGUAAAAUUUUCAGCAAGCUGUUUUAUAUAAUGCUCGUUACCGUUAAGAUAGAAUUAGACGUAUAUUUUUUUAAUUCCCAAAUUUCUUGCUUACUGUUUGUUUGAUAGAUUAAUUAGGAUGGAUGUCACCAAAACAACUCUGUGCCUUCUCUGUGGUUUUCAAGCACUAAUUAUGAUUUUCUUAAAAAUUUGUGAAGUGCUGAGGGAGAUGACUUAUUAAAGUCUUACUUUUAUUUUGUAAGGGAAGUUGGAGUCAAAUAAAUUGUUCUUGUUUUGUGUUUAUAUGACCUUGAUUAUUUGUCUUGUAGAAUAAAAAUUUGA